GGCGUCUCAGCUUAGACAGAGUAGAAAGAAAAUCCACGGGCUCUGGGUUUUUUGUUCUCUUCUCAGCAUACAUAGGCUGAAGCUCGACUGAUACCCAUGCAAAUCCCAACAGCCAUUUCCUCCAUUCUUCUAUAGCUGAAAAAGGUUCAUCUAUUUAUUUCUUCCGCGAAAUGCAGCUCAGUCUCUCUCUUAUUAAUUAUCAAUAAUUUGUUCUUUCCCUCAAUAAAUGAAUUUAUCUUUCUCGAUGGUUGCGAACGUCUAAGGUUGUUGAUUAAUUAGCGUCUUGUCUUUGUUCGAUGUAAAGCUUUGAUCUUUGCUCGUUGAAUUGGCUGGUGUGGUAAGUCUUUUUCGACAGAUUGGUUAAUUGAUUUUACAUAGAUUCGGUUUAGGGAGGGGAUUUGAGUGUGGAGAUAGGUAUGGGAUCCCAGGGCGGUGGUGGAGGGGGAGGAGGUGUGGGCGGUGGAACCCAUACACAGAAUCAAGACCCGAAAUCUAAUGGAUUGGCUAGGCAAGGAUCACUCUACACCCUCACUCUAGACGAGGUUCAGAAUCAGUUAGGGCAUUUGGGGAAACCCCUAACCAGCAUGAAUCUCGAUGAGCUUCUCAGGAGUGUAUACACUGCUGAGGCGACCAGUCAAAGAACCGAUUUUGGACAAGUGCAGCAUGCUUCCUGUCAAGAUCACUAUUCAGGGGAUCUUAGCAAGAAGACUGUUGAUGAGGUGUGGCAUGAUAUACAGCAAGGGGAGAAGAGGAGUAGUCUUGAUAGAAAAGCCACUCUGGGUGAGAUGACACUUGAGGACUUCUUGAUUAAGGCCGGGAUAGUAUCACCCGGAAUGAAAAACUCAGGACCAGUCCUAGCUGCCGAUUCAAUGGCACUACUACAACUCAAUGCUCAAUGGCCAAAUUAUCACAUCCAAAAUACUAUUCAGCAACAGCACAAUAUGCUGCCCGUUUUCAUGACAGGUCAGCAGAACCUGCCCGUUGUUCCGAAUCCAAUGAUGGAUACAAGUUAUUCUGAGCAGAUGACUAUUUCUCCUACUCUAAUGGGAGCAAUGUCUGACACACAAGGCUCUAGAAGAAAGAGAACUGCCCCAGAAACUGUGGUUGAGAAAAGCGUUGAAAGGAGGCAGAAAAGGAUGAUAAAGAAUAGGGAAUCCGCUGCCCGAUCGCGAGCAAGGAAGCAGGCUUACACACAGGAGCUAGAGAGCAAGGUUUCUCAUUUAGAAGAAGAGAAUGACAGACUCAAAAAGCAAAAGGAGAAAGAUAAGCUGUUGCCUUACGUCCGACCUCAGGAGCCGAAGUAUCAGUUGCGCAGAACAAGCUCGUCCCCUUUCUGACAACAUAAUUUGUGAAUGACAACUAUAUAUAGCUGCAUAUAAUUUCUUGUCACUCAAACUUUCAUAAAGUAGUGUUCGUACCGGUCUGGACAACCUGGUGUGAGAGAGAUGCCUUGAGAAUGUCAUCUGGAGCUCCUGUUGGUUUUUAACAUUACCCGGCCCUUGCCUCCCCUCCCUCACACCUAUUACUUUAUUAGUUUAUUUUCUUUGUAUGUAAAUUUCAUAGUUUAAAACUUGAAGCUAUGUUGUUAGAACAUAGUUGUUUUGUUCUCGCAAAAAGUGCUGUGUAGGACCAUAUUUCUCCUGUGUAUCAUCUCAUAAUUAAAGUUUUACUUACUUACCUUGGUAGUGCUAUCUUGCUACAUGUGCAAAGUUUUGGGAGCUAUUGUAACAAGAUUACCUUUAAAAAUGAAAAUAAAAAUAAAUUUUACAGUAGGAA